CCAUCUUUACCAACUUAUGUCAGAAUCAGGUUGUCAAUUUAGCUAACCUCAAAAAUGUCGAACACAAAUUCCAAAAUCCAGUCAUAAAAACACAGUUAUGAACAAAUCCAAGAAAAUAAGACACCUUUUCGACAAAAAAAUCGAUUUUGCAAAUAACGACUCUUUGGAAUUACCCGAUGAAGCCUACACUUGCACUAAAUGGUCAAUACCGUCCUUCCAGAACGAGAAAGAAGAACUUAACCGUACCAAAAGUCUCCUAAACCAGUUCAACCUCGAAGAAUGGUCUCGCCACACCAAACAUAGAGACCCUUCAAGCUAUAUUAUCAGAUUCGUCAAGCAAAAAUUCCAUCCGGAGCUUGUAACACAAGCUUGGUGCAAAUUUUACGAGUGUUUGUGUAAUUACAGUUUAAUUCCAAAAGAUGCCAUCACGUCUGGUUGUUUCUCAAGUUUUCACUUGUGUGAAGCCCCUGGGGCUUUUAUUAGUGCCUUAAACCACUACAUUGUCAGUCACAAUUUGAAUCUACAGUGGAAUUGGGGUGCCAAUACGUUAAAUCCAGAUUAUGAAGGCAAUUCGCUUCAAGAAAUGAUUCCCGACGAUCGUUUGUUACGACACACUUACAAAAACUGGUAUUUCGGCAUUGAUUUUACAGGAAAUAUAACUAAAUAUUGCAACCAUCUUGAUUUAGUAAACAAAAUACCCCAAAAAGUGUGGCUUGUGACUGCUGAUGGCAGUGUAGACUGCAGUUUUGACCCAGGAAAUCAAGAAUUACACGUGGAAUUUCUCCAUUAUUGUGAAACUUUGACUGGCUUAGCUCUACUCAAGCCUGGUGGCUCUUUUGUACUGAAAAUUUUUACGAUGUUUGAAGACUCAACCAUCUGUCUAUUGUAUUUGUUGAAUGUUUGUUUCGGAAAAGUCUCUGUUUUUAAGCCAGGGUCUUCGAAAAGUGGAAACUCAGAGGUGUAUGUUAUUUGCCUACAUUUUAAAGGCCUAAAAGUGUUGGACAAAAUUUGGGAUAGUCUGAUUUUUCCGUACAAAACCGGUCAUUUUGAUGUACAUAAAUCAAUGUUUGAUUUGAAUAAAAUUAACAAGGAUUUUCUUAACCAAUUGUUGCACAUCUCGGGCUUUUUCAUGAAAAAACAAAUAGAGCACAUUGUCGAUAAUAUUAAGUUUUUUAAGAACGAUUCUCAAAACGAAUCAGGGAGGAUACACCAAAUUAAAGUAUACGUCGCUAAUCGUUACAUAAAUAAAUACAAGCUAAGGAGCAUUUCGCAACAUUUUAAGCUUGUGUCCGCUUUAGAUAUAUCACAGUUUUUGUCAAACGAAAUCAACAAAAUUCAGUUUGUUAACGGAGUAGCGAAAUUUGAAGUAGAAAAUUUAAUUCAAAUGAAUAUAACUUGUGAUAUUUUGGAUGUAAAAUUAGGUGAAAGAUUUAAUCAAGUGAGAAGUUCGCGAUUUUGCUCUAAAGAUAAUAAGUUUCUCAAUAAAAUAAAACCACACGGUCCGUUUUAUAAACAUAUUGAAAACAAACUAAAAGCGACUUCAACCGUUAUUAGUCUAGAUUCGAAUUUUGAUGCUUAUUGUGAGUUUCAGAAACACGUUUUUUAUCAAAUAUUCCAUUCAAAUAAGAGAAAUUUUAUAAUUGUUGGGGUUCCACUUUUAACUAAUUUUCUUGUCGGUUUGAUGUUCAUUCUGGUUUCAUGUUUUAAACAAAUCUACAUUCACAGGAGCGGUUUUAUUGUUCUGUGUGAGGGUGAUUUAGAAAAAAAUAGACAGGUUUUCACAAUAAUUGAUGAGAGUUACAGAUCUGGGAAUAACUGUGAUAUUUUGCAGGUUGUGCCUCCGAAUUUAUUUUAUAAUAACAAUUUUUUUGAUUUUGUUUGGAAUUAUAAUCAAAUUGUGUUAAUUCCUGAAUAAAUUUUCUUGUUUUAUUUUGGAAA